AUGCAUCAGUUCCAGCGCCGCGGCUCGGUCUUUCAGAAGGAUCUCAACCAGAAUGUUGCCGACAGAUGCGCCUGGCAGGGCGCUCCGUUCGACAACCUCUAUGCGGGAAUUUCACUGCAAUUCGACGACUCGGCAGCAGCUGUCCUUGCAAUCGCCAUCCGCGAUACAACCUAUCUCGUCGACUUUUACGAGCAUCACUUUGAUUCUAGGCCAGAGGCGAAGCUUGCCAGAACAGAUAUUGGCGACUUUAUCAUUGAUCGGCUCCGGGAGUAUAGUGAAGAACAUCUCGAACGGUUCACCGGGCUGGGCAUGCCGCAAGAUAUUGCCGAUCGAUGUCCACAUUUAUGCUCGCGCUUGUGGCGUGAGUUGGAUAUAGUCCCUAUAGCCUUUACCGAAGGGGUCCCGUUGUUUGCCACGUCACCUAAAGACCAGACAAAAUGGAAUGCACGAUACGUUGGCUACCAAGGCCGUGUCGAAGUGGACUGCGCAUCUCGUAUUCGCAUUUCUACAUUGGAUGACUACAAGCCAACCGUCGGGCCCACUACCUGGGAAGCUGUCAAUCAUUAUGCUUCAGAACUCAAAAAGCGGAAUAUCAAGAUUGCAUUCUUUAGCGCAACACCUCAGGGUGGUGGUGUUGCUCUGAUGCGCCACGCGCUUGUGCGGUAUGCUCGGGAAUUGGGGGUCGAUCUUCAGUGGUAUGUUCCCAAACCACGUCCGGGCGUGUUCCGCAUCACAAAGACAAACCACAACAUUCUGCAAGGCGUGUCAGCUCCAGAAGAGCGGUUCACCGAAGACCAUCAAGAAACUAUCGAAGAUUGGCUGCACGACAAUGCUCGCAGAUACUGGUUGUCUUCAUGUGGACCCCUGCAGGACCCAUCAGAAGGAGGAGCCGAUAUAGUGAUUAUCGACGAUCCACAGAUGCCUUCCCUCAUCCCCAUUGCCAAAAAUGCCGCCCCAGACAGACCGGUCAUUUUCCGCAGUCAUAUCCAGAUUCGCAGUGAUCUCGUGGGUACUCCUGGUACCCCACAGCAUGAGGCUUGGACGUGGAUGUGGGAUCGUAUCAAGCAUGCAGAUCUCUUCAUUAGUCAUCCGGUGGAAGCUUUUGUUCCUGCUACAGUCCCCAAGGAGAAGGUCGGAUAUAUGCCCGCCACUACAGAUUGGCUCGAUGGUUUGAACAAAACCAUGCGUGAUUGGGAUGUCGCUUCGUAUGGGCGCAUCUUCAAUACGUUGUGCUAUCAUAACCGAGCGCCUCUCAUCAACUACCCAGACGAUGAAUACAUCAUCCAAGUCGCCCGCUUCGACCCAUCGAAGGGAAUACCUGACGUCCUCGAAUCAUACGCCAGAUUCCACGAACUCCUCAAAGAACACGGUGUAGAAAACAAACCUCCCAAGCUCUUGAUCUGUGGUCACGGCUCCGUCGACGAUCCUGACGGAAACUUGAUAUACGACGCUACUUUGCAGCAUAUCGAAAACCGGCUUCCGCACCUGAAGGACUUGAUCUGUGUAAUGCGCCUAGGACCAUCGGACCAGAUCCUCAACGCGCUCUUAUCCAAGGCUAAGAUCGCCUUGCAACUCUCUACUCGUGAAGGCUUUGAGGUGAAGGUGUCCGAGGCAAUCCACAAGGGCAAACCCAUCAUCGCAAGUCGAGCAGGCGGGAUCCCACUACAAGUCCAACACGAGAAAAACGGCUUCCUCGUCGAGGUCGGCGAUCCAGAAGCUGUCGCAAAAUACCUCUUUGAUCUUUGGACAGACCAAGACCUGUACGAUCGAAUGAGCAAGACAGCCCUGGAAACGGUGAGCGAUGAAGUCACCACAGUGGGAAAUGCAUUGUGCUGGUUGUAUCUUGCCUCGCACCUUACGGCGGGCAAGUCGGUGAAGCCUAACGAGAGGUGGAUCAAUGAUAUGGCAAGGGAAGAAGCGGGAAUACCAUAUAAGAAGGGGGAGAAUAAGUUGAAGAGGGCUGUUAUAGUCGAGAAUAUGGGCUAA